AAACGCCUGAGCACGAUGCCGAACACCACUCCCACCACCAACGGAGUCCCGCUCGGGGCCAAGAAAGCAGGGAGGAAGACCAAGACGGCUCCAGCAGAAAAGCCUCCAGUGUACGAGCCUGGUAUUCCAGAACCUACCACCAGGGCGGAGCUCAUGAAAUACUGGCUGCCCCUCACCCUGGACGAUAAGACGGCCCACAAGCUGCUGUGGCUGUCGGAGGGUGGCUCCAAGGUGUCCCGCAUGUCGGAGGAGGUGUGUCCGUACCCCAACAGACCCGAGCGCUACGAGCACUCGCCUCAGGUGCUGUGUAAGGAGGGUGUGCUGGAGGCUCGAGGGUACUGGGAGGUGGACUACGAGGGCUGGGUGGUGAUCGGCGCCACCUAUGAGAGCGUGGGCCACAAGGGGCUGACGGGGCCCUGCGGCCUGGGGGAGAACGCCACGUCCUGGGGCGUGGGCUGGGCCGGCUCCUGCUACCACGUAUGGCACGACAGCACCAACGUGGAGGUGCAGCUGCCGCAGUGUCGGACCCUGGGCAUGUACGCCGACCAGCCCGCCGGCGUGCUGCGCUUCUACCUGGUGGAGGGAGACGGGGAGAGGGAGGUGCGCCCGCUGCACCGGUUCAAAACCACCCUGAAGGAGAAGAUCAUGCCCGGGUUCUGGAUCGGAACCAACUCCUCCUGCUCCAUCCGGAAGAAGGACUGUUAGGAGGGGCGAGGGAGGGAGACCGUUAGCAGGGAUAAAAGAGAGAUGAGGGAAGGAGAGAGAUUGUUAGGAGGGAUGAGAGAAGGACUGUUCGGAGGGGUGAGGGAGGGACAGAGCUCACAGGGAGGACCGAGGGAGGGCAGCAGAACCAGGGGAAGGUGUGUCGGGUACAGAGGCAGAGAGAAGGGGUAAAGGAGACAGCGGAAGAGGAGAGUUUUGCAAUUAUUGUUGAUUCGGUUUCUAGUAUCUCUUGCAUGAGAACUGACAUGUAGUUUUUCCUUCCAAAUCUUAUCCAUUAGGAUGUUUAAUAAUUGAUCACUAUUAAGUGUCCUUUUAGUUUUAAAGUAGUUCAGCUGGUGGCUGCUUACAGCACUUCAAUGUGUUAGAUUACUUUUGUGUUUUUAGAACUCAUUUUGUAUUUAAUUGACCUGUGUUAUGAAUCUGAAUGUAGUGAAUAAAUACUAAUAUACACAAUA